GGAGCCUAGUCUCCACAUGCUUUCUUGCAAAGCAUUCUGGGAAAAAAUGUCUGCCAAACAACAUCAACUUCAUGUGUAAUUCACGGAAAUUCGCGAAAAAUACUAAAUUAUGGCGCGUUUUCUGGCACAAAUCAUCAUCCUUGGCGGGCAAGUGGUCGGACGUGCUUUUGCACAGGCGCUAAAGCAAGAAUUUCAGAGCGGAGCUGCACAACGGACAGCCAGCGGUGCCAAGGAAGGAGCCAAAAGAGCUGCAGCCAAUAGCAUGAUGGGGAUGACGCUACAGGAAGCGAAGCAGAUACUGAAUGUUCAAAAUCUUGAACAAGAAGCAAUCCAGAAAAGUUAUGAUCAUCUUUUUAAAGUUAAUGACAAGGCUGCAGGGGGUUCAUUCUACCUCCAGUCCAAGGUUGUUCGGGCCAAGGAAAGGCUUGAUGAAGAAAUGAAAACUCAACAUGAUGAGAGUACACCAAAACCAGAAAAAGAAAAUGGCGCUGAUGCAACAUGAUGGGCUGCUCCUCUAUAAAUAGCUAUGAAUAACUCCUGCACUGCUCCAUUUCAUAUAAACAACCAGAACUCCUGUAUUCAUGCCAACUUUCAAAUACAGGGCAUCUUUCUAAGGAUAAAAAUCCAAAUUGAGAGACUUGGUAAUAGGGGGCUGUUGCUGCUGGUAUGCUAUGGCUAUUAGUGGUUAACAUCUGUGCCAAAGAGUCCCUUUCAGCUGCCCUUUUGUCAUCCUAGCCAAGUGUAAGAAAACUUCCAUUUCAAUAUCUAUACUACUAUAUGAUAUUAUCGUGGAUGAGAGAUCUUACCAAGACCUUUCGUCUGUUUGAGUUUGGUUUGAUUUGGAUCAAUUGCUAUCGAAUUAAAGCCAAUUGUCACGAGUGGUAUUCUGUUAAUUUCUUCCUGGAAAUUGGUGCGAUCUCAAUCUAAUUAACAUGGAUGAGAGAUCUUACCAAGAUCUUUCAUCUAUAUGAGUUUAGUUUGAUUCGGAUCAAUUGCUAUCGAAUUAAAGCCAAUUGUCACGAGUGGUAUUCUGUUAUUUCUUCCAGGAAAAAAAACGAACUCAAUGUAAUUAACGUGGAUGAAAGAUCUUACGAAGACCGGGAUUAGGGCAAAUCAGUGACCCAUACUUUUCGAGCAUGGCGCCCUAAAAUUGAAAAAAUAUGUAAAUAUAUUAUAAGUAUUUUAUUAGGUUAACGUCUAAUCUUGUUACUGGAAAAAUAUCAAAAGUGUUAUAUUCUAAGUGUUCUAUAAAGUUAUGGUGGUAAAUGCAAAAA